AGUCCUAGCCAAUGCACGACACAAAUUUCUUUCGAAAACCCAGGAACCCUUAAAUCGCACCUUCUUCCAAGAACCCUAAAUCAUCCUUUCGAAAAAAUAAAAUUCACAUUCUAUCAAAAAGCCAAAUCGAAAAUCUCCCUUUCCGUUUGCUGUUUUCAGUUCAAUCUCCUUUUCCUUAUUACCCUUUUAAUUUUAUUCUUCCGUUAUUACCCUUAUUAUCACCCUUGCCCUGCCAAAGCCUACGCCAACAGAUGCCAGUUAAUUGAAUGUAAAAUAGAAACGGCGUGUCAAAGCACCAUUUCUCCGAGCCCUCUCCUUUUUGAAUUAAAUGAUGAAAUUAUCUAAAAUUUGAAUUGAGUUCUGAUACAGAAGAGGAAGUAGCACACUGCAUUUCAUGGCUUACGAUUCUUCCCCUCAUGGCCGUGUGCAUCAGUUUGUGUUGGAGGGCACAGAAUCAAAGCCUUUGGACGCGGAAUCGGCAGAACCGGUGACCCUUUUGAUUAAGCACCUUCCAGAAGCCAUUCCUCAUGACACCCUUUCUCUAAUCUUCGCAAAUUUCGGUGCUUUCUCGGCGCGCCCUUGCUCUAGUUCCAGGAUGAAAAAUUGUGCUUUUGCGGAUUUCAAAAAUGAGAUGGUGGCAUCUCAAGCACAACGUCAACUACAUGGGUUGAGAUUUCUUGGCAAAGUCUUGUCAGCAGAGAGAGCGAGUAAGCUAACUGGUAAUGGUGAAAAUAGUGGCGAUGAUCAGUUGGGUAAGGACUCUAAAACAUCAAUGCUGAAGAAUGCAAAUGUAGGCAAACCUGUUGAUGGAGAUACAAAAUCAAGAGGCCUCCCUCUUCCUGAGCCAAUUGCUGAUAGACUUGGUGUCAAUUAUCCUUUUCCUCCUCAUCUUGAGUAUGCUUACCCUCCACCUGAUGGAAAUAUAUUAACAAAUAUUGUGAAUGCUCUAAUUGCUGUUCCGCGCUUUUACACACAGGUUCUACACUUGAUGAACAAAAUGAACAUCCCUGCUCCAUUUCGUAUGGCACUGCCCACACCUCCAUUACCUCCAGAGGUACCAGCACCACCUCCUCCUACUGUAACUAUUAAUCCUCAGUCUGCAUAUCUGUCCAGUGGUGAAUCAGAGAUGGAAUCAUCCGAUGAGGAGUGUGACGCAAGCACAAAAAAGUCUGGACAAAAGCGUGCCAGGCGUGAGGCCAUUGUUGGCCCUGCUAUUGAUAAAGGUGUGGCUCAUGAGUCUGUUGGAGUAAAACCAGCCACCUUGGUCCCAAAAGAAAUCCCUGUGAUAAAAAAGAACCAUGUGUUAAAGAUAAACAUUGUCCCCAAAGCAACACUAAAUAAACAUAGAGAUGAUGAGACAACACAAGAGUUGCAAGAGCCAGAAAAAGAUGUUCCAGAUCCUAGCAAAUUUUUGACUCCAGAUGAAUUAGAGAAAGGAAAGUUGCCUCCUGAGGAAAUCUUAUCCCUUCCAAUGUUUAAGAACUAUACAGCUGGAAAUCCUGCUCCUGUGUUGUAUGUUAAGAAUUUGGCAAAAGAUGUGAUUGUUGAUGAUUUCUAUUAUAUAUUUGGGUCCUUAUUUGAAAGUGUUGAGGCUGCUAAGUCUGGUCUUCAAGUCAAACUAAUGCAGGAAGGACGAAUGAGGGGUCAAGCAUUUCUGACAUUCCCCUCUGUUGAAUUGGCUCAUCUUGCUCUGAAUCGGGUGAAUGGAUAUGUAUUAAAAGGAAAGCCAAUGAUUAUACAGUUUGGUCGGAAUCCCGCUGCUGCUAAGACUUGAUUGAGUGCAUGUAUUGAUGUAUAACAGAUGACUAAUGAUGCAUUCUUAAUUCACUCAUGGGGAGAGGACCCUGCACUAACCACUGAGACUACAACAUUCAGCAAUGACAGUGAUAUGAAUGCUAGCACGUAUAUUCUCCUUGGGCUUAUGGAUGCUAUGUGAAUCACUUCACAUUGUUGGCAAUAGGGGUUGUGAAUGCAGACCAACGUUGGCUAUAUGAAGGGUUUAUUACAUAUAUUAUUUCUCGGUUGAUUUUUAGCCUGGGAGCAACAGUAUAGGGAACUCGGAUCCAGUUGGACAAUUAUGGUUGACAAUGAUACAGCAUGGCUCUGACAACGUGGGUAUGUAUCAGGUCUAUAAAACUUUUCGUUUUGCAGCUUGCCAUUGCCAAAUGCCAAAUGCCAACAUUCCUAUACGGAGAGAUACAUACAUGUAUCGCAUUGUCUUUUUGUAAUGUCUAAGAAACAGAGAAUUGAAAUUAUCGAACUGAAUGGUUUGAUUUUUGUUUACUAAAAAAUAGUUGCAAGCAUAAUAUUUAUAGUUAUUCUACAA